UUAAGCCUCAUUUCCCAACGUAACAAGCGUAUAGGUCUCUAAUACGCCCUGUUGAAGGUGAUUGUGAUUGUCCUUUUGACGGCCAUGUACUUCACACGACGCAAGAACUACUCCAUUUUUCGUAGAUCUCCGGAGGAAAGCGCACAGUCACUACUGAGCCCAGAAUCCCAGAGAUCAUCCAGCAGCGACUGGGAACGACCCCAAGACAUGUCCGCCCUUCACCCUCCCAAAACCCGCCGAAUCCUAGGUCGCUGGACUGUUCGGACUCCCAACUCGAGCCGAUUUGCCAGACACUUUCACUCGAGAAUCCUGCAGAAGUUCCCCUUCCUUGUUGAGAUGUUCUACUGGGCCAUUGCAUUGGUUCUCUACCGCGGAACUAUAUUGAUUACGAGUCAUUGGUAUGGCGGUAGCCAGGGUCUUUGGGAUAUCGCUCAACACCAUGGUACAUCGAUUCUGGAGUUUGAGGCUUGGGUCUCUGGAAUGUCUAAUGUCAAAACAAAUAGUCGGUUCGUAGAAUGGAGAAUACAGCAGUGGUUCCUAACCGGUGCCAGCGUGGGCGACUGGAGGGGGUCUGCGCUGGCAUUUCUCAAUCGGGUGUAUGCUCUUAUUCACAUCCCCGGAACAGCCGCUUUUAUUGCCUACUACUACGCUACGGCACCAACCCAUAGACGGUUCUGCAUUGCACGGCGCACUCUUUCACUAUCGAAUUUCGUCGCCUUCUUCGUUUUCUCUCUCUACCCAUGCAUGCCCCCACGACUUCUUCCCAAGGAGUACGGGUUCAUUGAUACCGUCGAGGCUGAGGAUGCUAGUAGCGUUUGGAUGAAAGGAGACUAUGUCAACGCACUUGCAGCCAUGCCAAGCAUGCAUUUUGGAUAUGCUUUCGCCAUUGGCUGCACAUUGGUCUACGAGAGCGGAUUUUUGCGCCAUCUUCAUCCCCUUGGCGACAACACCACGGAUGAUCUCGAGAUGAAUGGCAUCCUUAAACAAGAGAAUGGAGAUGUACCGCGUUCGGUUGCCUCUCGCACCAUCCUCCUUGUUUUAGGCAUCUUCUAUCCGGCUUUGAUCCUACUUGCUAUCAUCUCUACAGCCAACCACUAUGUCCUCGAUGCAUUUGCCGGAGCUGUUGUUGUGGGGUUUUCGUUCCUCUGCAACCGAUUCCUACUCAACUUUCUCGUAUUUGAAGACUGGCUGCUAUGGGCUUGGCGAUUGGAGAAACCAGUGCCUACCACAGGAUAUGCUGCGCAGUCCAAAUAGGUGCAGAUUAUUAGCAUUCCUGGGAAGCUAAUCCGCAUGUCAGUUUGCAUUGAAAAUAAUGAGUACAAGUACAUAAUGUGAAUUACAAUAAUGUAAUAUGAUCAGACCCUCAUGAACCCUGAUUUCCUUCGCUACUAGACUAGUCGUGUUUUAUGUUGAUUUUUAUGGCAAU